AUCUGUAACAAUUUUACAGGUUAUGCAAACACAACUUUAUAGCGUUAUCUCUCCCUCAAAUGUCCGGCUUUUCAAAUUCCAAAAUGGCGGUGAAUAAUGGAAGACAUUUAAGUGGAGUUUUUAUGUGUUUUGUUUUCGUUUUCAUUCAGCCUAUGCUAGGUGUGUCGUCCCCACUUUACACAUUUAAUUCGUCAUAUCAGGAUAACGAAGUUAAACCAAGUGAACGAAACAGUCAUUUGGUGAAUUUAUCUGUACCUAUAAUACUGGAAGGGAAAUCCUACAAGCAAUUCUUUAUAAGUAAAGAUGGUCUAGUUUUGUUUACUACUGACAAAUCUGCGGUCACCUACCAUGCCCAGGACUGGUCAGCGAAGAAUGGUUCGCCUUUCAUUGACCUGCCAUUUAUAACCCCUUACUAUCACAAUGGUCAGGCCCUCGACAGUCUGCAGGGUUACACCGGUCACGUGUUUUAUCGAAUUUUCGACAGCAAGAGUACUUCCGAUAAUAUGCGUGACAAACAAAAUAACCAAGAACUGCUUAAUCUUGGUCGGUAUAUUCGAGAACAGGUGGUCGGAACUACGAACUUUGACCCGAGCUGGGCAAUUGUCAUCACGUGGGAAAAUGUAACAUCAACACGCAUAAUUGAGGAUGGCCAAUGUGCCGGAACAGUGAGGAACCCAUGUCCGACCAAUACGUUCCAGCUUGUUCUCAUUACGGACGGAGGGCAGUCGUUCGCCAUCUUUAACUAUGGAAGACUGGAUAUGACACCGUCAAAAUAUUCCCAGGCAGGAUUCAAUGGCGGGCGCGGAACUGGAUUCACAAAUAUUAUUCCAAAGUCGAGAUCGAUUCAGAAUAUGAAUCAAAUACAAGGAAGUGAUCUCGUAGGAAGGUUUAUUUUUAGAAUUUCGUCAGGGAAGAUAUUCCACGGAGGCUGUUCCAAUGACUUAUCAUACACACAACUGACCGUGAACCCAAACUAUGCGGGUAUGUUCGGCGGAAAGAUGAUCGACCUGUCUGGUCCGUGUUUUACACCCAACCAAAAUAUAUUCUGUCGCUUUGAAGAUCCAAACCACGCCACGACUCCGUCUGAAGAAAGGGCAUCAUAUAUAAGUCGUACACGUGUAAGAUGUGUUGUGCCACGCCUACUUGUGCGUGACCGCGUGAUUCUUAGCCUAUCAACAGACAAUGGGCGGACUUACCCGUAUAGUACAACUUUCACAAUUGUGUUCCCAGGAAGAAUGCCGAACUCAGAACACGUGACAGCCGUAUAUAAGAACAAUGACCUUGGAUGGUACUCGCACAAUCCAACAACCUUGACACUUACUUGGGAUAACACGUUGCUUAGCAACUAUACCAACUCUCGUGUUGACAUACGUCUUAUUGGAUACCGCGAGACAAAUGGCGAGGGCAUGUAUACGCCACUGACCACGUUAGGUAAAGAUGUCCCAGCUGGAAGAGGAACUUAUGUUCUUGACCCUCAGAAUUAUCAGUGCAGCGGUCAAGAUUGUUAUAACUACGAAGUUGGACUGGUUGAGGUCAGGCUUCAAGAUGAUUAUACGCCAAAUAAACACAAAUUCUUGUCGACCAAGGCGAUCCCUCUGGGAUGGUAUGUUCAAAACGCAAUGACGGCACAACACGGCGCUGGCUGGCCGUCAAGUCUCUGUUUAAACUGGUACCAUAAAGCCUUUCAAGAGAUGAGCUGGACCAAAGAUCUUCUUAGCUGUCCAUGUUCCCUCGCCCAAGCAAUGGCUGACUUCGGAAGAUGGCAGCAUGAUCACGGAUGUAAUGUACAAAAUGCCGAAAAGGUGGGCAACUGUUUCUACCAUCAGGAGGCCGUGCAUUGCGUUCGUGCCGUACAACCGGUUAACGGUGCAGGCAACCAAUGUUGCUACGGUAAAAGCGGGCACCUUAUAUUUGCGGCCGACACUUUCCAGGGAAGUACUCCCGACAAGAGUCAUGACUGGGGAGCAGCUCCUUACGGGAAACCUGGUCACGUGCCAAGUCUGUCACACUGGAUUGAUGACGUCGUGACGUUUUAUUACUGCUGUCUAUGGGACGAGUAUAAUUCCUGCGAUUACUACAUGGACGUAAGACCGACGUCUGACUGUACUGGAUAUACUCCACCUGUACCAGCUAGUGUUUAUGGGCAAGGGCAUGUGGCAUCAUUUGGAGGUCAGAAAUUUCGUAUGAUGGGGCCAGGAGAUUAUACAUUGUUGAAGGCUGGCAACACUGAAGUGCAGGCAAGGUUCCAGAAAAAUCUCUUCCCGACGAAAAAAGGAUAUAAAGUUGAAUCGACAUUCUCUUUGACCGCCAUUGCUAUUCAAGACAGAGGCACUUCCGAUAGAGUGGAAUUGCGCCUGCGCGGACCGGAAACCAGUCACGAGUAUCAACACAUUGAUGUCCUAGUAAAUGGACAGUUUAUAGAAUUUAAUGAGGAUUCUAUGAAAUGGCAAGAUUUCAAAGGCGUAGCUAUUGUUAAUACAGAUCCACAAAAGGUGAAGUCUAACUUCACAGUCCUUCUUACGAAUGGCAUAGGGUUCCAACUUGCUGAAACAUUCAAUACUUUACAACUAGACCUCAUGAUGCCUUCAAAUUCAUAUACUAACAUUUCCGGAAUAAUGGGCGACAUUGAUGGCACAAAGACCCUUCCAAAUAGGACAGUAUUCGACAUAAACCCUGAUAACAGGAAUGACUUAUACUACAAUUAUGAGCUAAAAUGGGCAGUAAAUGAAACAAGUAACUUAUUUAGUGACAUUCUACCAGCCAGGUAUUCUUUCCAAGACAAGAUUAAUCUUUAUCCAACAGAAAUGUCUCGUUUGGAUCGUGGAUAUUCUAGUUUCUGCGCAAUGUCAAAAGAAUGCAUAUUUGAUGAAAGGUUUACGGGAUCAGAAGACAUUGCAGGUGCUACGAAAAGUGCUGCAGAAAGAUAUGCCUCUUUGAGUACCAAUUUGUUACCAGUACGGUCUUGUGGUUUAUUAAACGUCCCUCGAUCUAAGAAGAGCAAUUAUGACUACACGAUUGGUACCACGACCACUAUUACAGAAUGCAGAACUGGUUCUUUUUCGGGUACCAGUACAUACACAUGUGAAGAAACAUCAAAUGUAACACAGGCCUGGUCACCGGAAGUGACAGCCACGUGCGAGGUUCUAACAGAAUCGGCUGACAUUGGCAUGAUUGUGGGUAUAGUUGUAGCUGUCGCAGUGGUAGUUAUUAUAGCUAUCGUUGUUGCUAUUAUAGCUGUCAGAAAGAGAAAAAGCAAAGACUGGAAGAGGUCUGGCGAGGCGAAGACUCAAGAAGAAGCUGUAUCUAUGAAAACCGCCGUAAACAGCAGGUCUGAUGGUAACGAUGGUAAUGAGAUGCAUAAAGAGAGACCAGGCAACGAAUAUACAAUAUAAAUCAUGUCAUAUUUUAAAACAUAAGACAUUUUUAUAUCAUAUUUUAAAUUAUCGAAUUGCGUGUAAUUGUACUAGAUCUACCAUAAAAUAUUUUUUUCAGGUUAUAAAAAUUCUUAAUUCAGAAACAUCACAUUGAUACAAAUUAUAGUUAUUCAUAUACAUUGUAUAUUUACAUAUUGCCUUUACUUCUGAAAUCUAAAAUUUAAUUUUAUUGUUCAUAUUUUAAAACGUUGUCAUCCCUAUUGUCCCUUGCUUUGGAUUUUUUCAUAUUAUUGGUAGAUCUAAAUCAUCAUUUAGAUAAGCAAUAAAAUGCAAAAAAACGUAAACUUUCUAAAUGUUAAACAAAUGUUUUUUCUCCGUUUCUUAUUUCCAUACGUUAUUCUUGGUUAAAUUGACUAUUAAUAGGCUUACAUGUUCAUAAAUUUGUAUUUUUACAGCCUUAAUUUGAUUUUGUGAAUGUCGUAAAAAGAUUUACUAACGUUGCUAUGACCUCGUGUAUCACAUUCUAUAUAAUGUAUCGCACAUGGAAUGCAUGAAUUUCAAAAGAACAAAUCUAUGUUAACAAAUGAAGAUAUGACCGAAUACAAGCUCUUAGUGUGCUAUUGUUGAAUAGUGAGCGUAUCAUGAUGUUUGAUUUUAUAAACUUUACCUUUCACUCUUAAUUUUUGUCUGGCGUAUUUUAGUACGGCGGUUUUCGUAUUCUGAUAUAGAAUCUAUUCGCUUAAGUUUAUAUGACUUUAGAGUUUAAGUAUGCUCUUUACCCCCAGCGACUUUUAAUAUUCGCGGUAACUAUGGUUGCGCAAAAGUUUAUCACCGCGAAAAUGCCAUCCUGAUGAAAAACGCGAAAUAUUGUUUCUGCGAAUGUUUAUAAGAGUACAGUAACUGUUAUCUACAUAAUGCUUAUAAUAGUUAACAGUAUUGUCUAUUUAAAUACAAUUUUUUUUUGCUUUUUUUUUAAAAUUCAAAUACUUGUUUAUUUCAUCUGUCAGUAUCAUAUGGGCGAUAAUGCCCCAACUAGCAAAACACGUGGUCCCAUAUAUAUGCCAGGAAUUGCAAAGGAUCCAUAUGGGGAGAUUUUAUAUGGGUCCUAUAAGGGGACAAUGUCUGUCAUUAGGGUAAACUAUUAAAUUAGAGUAAGAGUACGUUACACAUCCAAAAAGUGUCCUUCAGUAACAUAUAUUUGCAGGGUAAUUAUCAAAGUCAAUAAUUUUAUCAUACUUAUUAUGUAGUAAGAUGGGACAAAGAAAUAAUUUCUAAUUCAUUUAAAACCAACAACUCACAUACAAAAAAAGAAAUGUGUAAAUGUGGGAAGCAACUUUUGGAUCUCCCUGAAUGAUGGUGUUUUUUUUUGUAAUGAAUGAUACGUGUUAAUAUAAGAAAUAUUGCAGACAUAAUUUGAAUUUAUAUUUGUGUCUGUGAAAAAUUGCUACUCAUGUACUACAAUUUAGUAUUUGCUUUUUUUUUCAUUAUUUGCUCUUUGUAUAUACAUGAAGGUCUUCAUUGUACUGUUACAUAGUAGAUUAGAUAUGACACAUUUUAGAAAUUCUUUAGUAUCCUUUUCAGUAUCUUUUUUUUUAAUGUUGUAUUAUUGUGUAUAUAUAAAUAUAUUAUGACUAAUAAAACAAUUUGAAAAUACC